AUGGACGACCCUUGGUUCCUCAUCCUUGCCUUCCUAUUGAAAAUUGGUGAUGUUGACGCGGUAUAUGGUAUCAAGAGUAACCAUCUUGUUGUUGUGCAUGAGCAAUUGUAUACAAAAAUUAAGGAAUGUCACGAACGUGUUGGUCAUCAUGGACGGGACAAAACCUGGAGUGAAAUGCAAGAACAAUAUUCAUACAUACCCUAUGAUGUAGCAACAUUAUUUUUUAAACAAGGUGAUGUUUGUAAUAGUAGACAAGCUUUUCCAAAGCCAAUAGCAGGUACGGACUGUGGCUUAAUUAACUUUUUUAAUUGCAACUACAAUGAACUUGGUUUUUGUUUCGUUUUAAGACCUCGUCAUCCGCAAACACAAAAAUUAGUCGGACGAGCUAAUCAUACAUUACAAUUGUCGCUUGGCAAAUGGAUGCAGUCUAAUAAUACAAUAGAAUGGGCAAAAGGUCUAAAACCCGUUGUUUAUUCAAUUAAUACCAGUUGUGCACAAACUACUAAAAAACCUCCGUAUGAAGUGGUGUUUGGUCAGAAGCCAAGAUCCGAUUUCGAAAUGUGGAGAAUGUUAAGUGAUGAUGGAAUUGAAGAUAAAGAACAAAUGCCAGCUGAUUUUAUUCAAAUGCUCAAUGAACAAACUACAUCAUGUGAACCCGAUGGUAGUACAAAUCAAGCUAAUGACGAAAUUUAUGAUGGUACAAAGUCACAACAUCAAAACUCACCAGUACUUUGUCUCGACAAAGAUUUGAAAACAGAUAGAACAUCAAAGGAUCAUGAGAAUAUUGACAUGGAUAUGGUUUUUGAUGGUAUUGGUGAAACUGUAGACCAUCAAGCUAUUGAUAGACAUAAACAUGUAAAUCGUAAACGUUUUGGUAAAUCUAUAACCAAGGAUGGCGCUGUUUAA